AUGGAACAAGUUUUUGGUUAUUUUGGAAUGGUUCUAAAACUUAUUGGACUAGUGGGUAUUGGACAGGGAAAAUUUUUAGCCUUGUUCCAGAAACAGCAGCAAAUGACUAUAUUGCAAGGCUUCACACAAUGGACUCUAAUCUGGAUGCGACCAAUUGAGCAAUGCGACACUUAUGCUACCUGUGGUGCUUUUAGUAUCUGCAACCAGCAGAAUGCUUCUCUCUGUGGUUGCCUGCCUGGAUUUGAACCCAAAGUCCCGAAAGUUUGGAAAUUAAAAGAUCACUCAAAUGGUUGUCUGAGGAAAACUCCUUUACAGUGCAAUGAUGUCCGAAAUUCCACAUUUCUGGUGAUGCAUGAUGUUCUCCAUCCUGUGAAUUCUGAGUCUUUGACAGUUGAGAACAUUGAAAAAUGUAGAUUAGCAUGUUUAAGAAAUUGUUCGUGCACUGCUUUUGCUUAUGAUAAUCAGUGUCUGAUUUGGAAAGGAGAUCUGCUCAAUGUAAAGCUACUACCAUCUGAAGGUAAGGUAGGAAAAGAUUGGCAUCUCCGAGUUGCAGCAUCUGACAAUGAGUAUCGAAAGACAGGGUCUACCAUUAAGAUAAAGAGGAAGACUACUUGGAUUGUAAUUGGAGUACUUCUAGGUUUCACCUUUAUCUUGACAAUUGUCAUGAUAUUAGUCAGAAGGAGACAGUCAGAAGGAGCAUUGGAGACAGUUGAUGAUUCUUUAGUGUUGUUCAAGUAUAGAGAUUUAAGAAGAGCAACAAAGAACUUCUCAGAAAAACUUGGGGAAGGAGCUUUUGGUUCUGUCUUCAAGGGGGUAUUGCCUGAUUCAACUGCCAUAGCAGUGAAGGAACUUAGAAGUCUGAACCAGGGAGAGAAGCAAUUCCGCAAUGAAGUGAGAACUAUUGGUUCAAUCCAACACAUUAACCUUGUUCAAUCCGAUAAUCCUAGAUUGGAAGGCCAGAUAUCAUAUUGCAAUCGGCACUGCCAGGGGAUUGGCUUAUCUCCAUGA